UGUUGUGCAGCGCUCGGCAUGGUUACGCAUGUGAAUCUUUCACUAUUUCAUUUAGAAUACGGAAUUUUAAAAUUUCAUAGUUUAUGAAUAAGCAUUUUUGGUAAGAUUCAAUGAAUUAAUUACUCUACUUAUGGCUCGCAUAAUGUGGUUAAAAUUGUUACUUCGUGCAAGCUAUAAGGAUACUUAUAAUCCACCGGUUUAUACAACUUUUGUCUGUUUCUUGAUUAUUUCAGCUAGCGUUUGUGGAGGCAGCAAUUAUUAAGACUACUUGUGGACACAUUAUGGAAGUGGACGACAGGGAUUUCAUCAAUACACCUCCAAUGAAAACUGUGCGUUUUGGGGGCACUGUUGCCAAUACUUUAGCCAAACUAAAACUGGGAGACACGAGUGACUAUGAACUGAUCAAGCAUCAGCUCUCAGACCCUGAUAUUAAGGAUGGCCAAAUCAUCAACUGGUUGCAAGAAUUCAGGACCUGUGUCACCCAACUUGGCAAAGAUCAUGAGCAAUUAAUCUAUGUUGUUUUGAAGCUGCCUUGGCUCGGCCGCAGUCCGGCUGUUGUGGAAGAAUAUCUGGCUUUUCUGAGUAACCUUGUGUCAGCCCAGACAGUUUAUCUAAGACCAUGUCUCAAGAUGGUCAUCUCUAAUUUUAUGCCAAAGAGAAUAAGAAUCCAGGAUGGAAAUGUGGAUAUUUCAGAUUCUGAUGAUGAAGAUGAGAAUCUUCCAAGAACAUUUGAUCAGUGUCAUCAAGCUCUUCAGCUGAUUGCAAGAUAUGUUCCAUCAACCAGCCGAUUCUUGACGCCAAUCCUCUCCGAAAAGUUCCCUUUUGUGCAGAAAUCCUCCCGAACACUUGAGUGUUAUGUUCACAAUCUGUUGAGAGUUACAGUCUAUAUCCCUGCCCUGAGAAGAGACCUGCUGGAGCUCAUUAUCAGCAAGAUGCUCACUCUAGAUGUUAGUGCACCACGAAGUGAGAUUGAAGACAUGGAAGGUGCAGCGCAGCAAGACGCCAGUGGAGAUUCACGGGACGACUGUCUCUUCAACAUGGAUGAAGAAGAGGAAUCUCUAUCGAGACCUGUUGAUGGGGCCGUAAUGGUUCACCCUGUGGCAGAGAGAUUAGACACCUUAAUGAGAGUCCUGCUGGCUUAUAUUAAAGACAUCUGCCAUGUUAAUGGCUCAUUAGAUAUUGAGAAGGCCAAAGCUCUGUACAGGGACCUCUUGUCUGUAUUCGAUAAGGUGGUGCUUCCCACUCACGGUUCCUGUCACGUGCAGUACUGCAUGUUCUACCUGUGCAGCUUUCGCCUGGGUUUGGCUGAAGCCUUCUUAGAUCACUUAUGGAAGCAGUUACAAAGCCCUUCCCAGCCCCCCAUCCUGAGACAGGCUGCUGCUGGAUACAUGGGCAGCUUCAUGGCAAGAGCCAAGUUUUUGCCAGUAUCAACAGUCAAGGCCUGUCUGGACCUGUUAGUUCCCUGGCUGCACCUUUACAUAGACAGCCAGGACUCGGGCUCCAGAGCUUUCUGUGAUGUGAAUCUGCACAGCCCCUUUUACACAGCCUGCCAGGCUGUGUUCUACACACUGAUCUUCAGACAUAAUGCUAUUCUGGAGGGCAAUAUGAAAAAAGGUUUGGCCUACCUACAAAGUUUGAAUCUAGAGCGCAUUGUGAUGUGCCAGCUCAACCCGCUGCGGGUCUGUCUACCUGCUGUCACCAACAUGUUUGCAGCCAUCACCAGAAAGUAUCAGCUCGUGUUCUGUUACACCAUCAUUGAGCGGAACAACCGUCAACUGUUGCCAGUGGUGAGGAGUUCAAUGGGCGGCAACUGUGUGUCCACUAACACAAACCCUCUGGAUACUUUCUUCCCGUUUGAUCCAUAUCUCUUAAAAAGUUCUGGAAAACUCAUUGAGCCAAUCUACCAGGUGUGGGAGGAGCCUUCUGAAUGUAUGAUGGAUUUACCAAAGAAGGAAGUGAGAAAGGGGUCCAUGGAGGAAGAAGAUGAUUUUCUGCAUGGAGGGACUCCACAUGGAGACACAAUAGUUGGCAUGACUCCAGGCUCUUAUGACUCUCACCUGCACAGCCCGCGGAGCGUGGGCUCUCCCCCCAUCUCCUUCCUGCAGCGACCCUUCUGAUCCACUAUAGUAGUUAUCAGCAGGUCACUGAGGAGCUAACCAUGCAACACAGCACCAUGUGGGUGUGCUCAAGGAAUGCACGUGCUUGUGUUGGCACAGAUCUUACUGAGGCUGUUAAGAAACUCCUGCAAGUGACCCUUUACACACCAGUUUUACUGGCCUCUGUGUCAGUAGUUUUGCUAAACACCCUAUCACACUUUAAGACUGCAUCAUGAAAUAGAACUCAUGUUUCUUUUGCACAUUUUAGUUACACCAAUCAGCCACAACAUUAAAACCAACUGCCUAAUAUUGUGUAGGUCCCCCUCGUGCCACCAAGAGAGCGCCAACCCGCAUCUCAGAAUAGCAAUCUGAGAUGCUAUUCUUCUCACCACAAUUGUACAGAGUGGUUAUCUGAGUUACCGUAGACUUUGUCAGUUCGAACCAGUCUGGCCAUUCUCCAUUGACCUCUCUCAUCAACAAGGCAUUUCCGUCCACAGACCUGCCACUCACUGGAUGUAUUUUGUUUUUGGCACCAUUCUGAGUAAAUUCUAGAGACUGUUG